AUGAGCAACUGGUGUGAUGGCCCGGCUGUCUAUGACCCUGGAGGCUGUGGUCACCGCGUCAGUGAGCGAGACGUCCUGCUCAUUCACUCCUGCCGCCAGUGGACAACAGUGACGGCCCACACCCUGGAGGAAGGCCACUAUGUCAUCGGGCCCAAGAUUGACAUCCCCCUGCAGUACCCAGCCUCUUGGCAAAGUGGGGCAAAGAGUCUCAGAGUUAGUUGUUGGGGAAGAGAAAGAAGGAGGUCAGCUGCCUGGGGUCGGAGGUGGAGUCAUGCCCUCUGCUUGCAGGUGAAGGAGGAGUGCCGGCUUCUCAACGCCCCGCCCGUGCCUCCCCGGGGUGGCAAUGGCAGCGGCUGGCUCCCUGGCAGCCCCCCGGUGCCCCCACGCUUCCCCAAGCUGCAGCCUGUCCACUCGCCCAGCUCCAGCCUCUCCUACUACUCCUCUGGCCUGCAGGAUGGGACGGGUUCCCGCAGUGGCAGUGGCUCCCCGUCACCAGAUGCCUACUCCCUCUAUUGCUACCCGUGCACCUGGGGAGACUGCAAAGUGGGCGAGUCCUCUAGCCGCCCCCCACCGCCGGGACCCCUGCCCUCCACCACGCAGCCCAGCCAGGCCCCACGGGCCCUCGCAGAGCCCCUGAGCAGUCGAGCUGCCUCCCUCUUGGGGGCUGACACCCCUGUCAAGACCUACCACGGCUGCCCGCCACCACUUCUCAAGCCCUCUCACCCCCAGAAACGCUUUGCUCCGUUUGGAGCCCUCAACCCCUUUUCCGGGCCUGCCUACUCCUCAGGCCCUUCAGCGGCCUCCUCUUCAGGGCCCACGACCGUCUCGGCUGCCCUGGCUACCUCCAGCCCUGCGUGCUCCCCAGGCCCAGGCUCCCCAGGCCCGGCCUAUUCGGCUGCACCCACCUCCUCCUGUCCCACCUCCUCCUCCUCCUCCUCUGAGUGGCAGGAAUCGGCCCUGGAGCCCUUUGAUCCCUUUGAGCUGGGGCAGGGUGGUUCUCCAGAGCCGGAGUUGCUGCGCUGUCAGGAGCCCAGAGCUGUGGGGGUACCUGGGCCUGGACCCCGCCUUUCACCUCUUGGACCCCCCAAGGCCUUUGAGCCUGAAGGGUUAGUGCUACGGCAGGUCCCCACUCCACUGUCACCAGCGGCCCCGAAGGGGCCCAAGGCAGGUGGAGCACGCCUCCUUCUCACCCAAGGGCGCCUGGAAGGGCCUCCUGCCAGUCCCCGGGAGGGCGCCAUAGGCUGGGGAGGCCGGGAGGCCUCCUGGCAGCCCCCCGCCGACCUGUCUGCGCUCUCUCUGGAGGAGGUCUCUCGCAGUCUGCGUUUCAUCGGGCUCUCCGAGGACGUGGUGAGCUUCUUUGCCCGAGAACGUAUCGAUGGCAGUAUCUUUGUGCAGCUCAGUGAGGACAUCCUGGCUGACGACUUCCGCCUCACCAAGCUUCAGGUCAAGAAGAUCAUGCAGUUCAUCAAAGGCUGGCGGCCCAAGAUCUGACCUUCCCAGCUUGCAGCUGCGCAACCGGAAGGCUGGCCCAGAGGCCCGAGGCCAGCCACGGUCUGCAGGGGACAGUGCUGCCUGUGAGGGUGCCAGGUAGCCACUCUGUGAAUCCAGGGGGGCCACACUGGGAAACGGGGUCCUCUGGGACCAGACCCCGGCAUGGGGACGGCUUGCCUUGGAGUGUGCAGAGCACGUGGGGAGAGGAGCAGAGGCCCCCGGCCGCCUGCACCUGGUGAGGCACUGGCUGUGACCCCCAUGGUGGGGUCAAAAGCUGGCCUCAUGGUGACCUAACACUGUCCCACACUCUGAAGAUCUUCACAGACAACUCGCACUUCUCCAGUUUGGAGGUGCCGGUUAGCAGGAAGGGAGUCCGUAAUUUAAGCACAAAUCCCCCAAGUGCCCUCUCUCCUCUGUGCUCUGGGGGCUUUUGGCCUAAGCUGCCCCAGGGUCGGGGUGCCAAUUUCAGGACCUCUGCGCUGCGAUGCCCUUCCCUCCCCCCUCUGCUGCACCUUGAGUAGGUCCCUGGCCCUGAGCACAAGUGUAUCCAGUACAAGCCCGUGCCUUUCACCUCCGAGCCCCACUCCGGGUUCUGGUUCGCGGGCGCUGACGUUGGAAGAGCACAGCGCUGCUGGUAAUGGACGUAGCUCAUUAGGGAGGCAGGUGCCUACGGACGCCCUGGGUUCUGAGCUCAGUGCAACUAGCCCUCAUCCUGCCAGGGGGGGUCCAGUCUGUGAAGACUCUGACUCCAUGGAAGAGCAGGCUGAUUGGUCGGCUGCUCCUUGGUUCUGACAAGUGGCUUUCAAUCACUCCCACCUGCACUGGUCUCCUGCCUCCAUCACUUGACUCUGGCAAACACCUGGUGUCCUUCCCUGGUUUCCUGUCCAUAGUCGCAGGUGGGAUGGGUGGGAGGCAGCACAGUGGCUUGGGAAGACCUGCCCUUGCUCAGGUGCUUUCGGACAAGCCUUUGGGCCCUGGAUCUCGAGCAUGGUGGUCCAUGGCACCCCGGGCAGGUUGGUCGUUGUGUGCAACUGCCCGUCCCCCAUGCUCUUCCCGUCUCACCUGCCCAGACCACAUUACUUCUCAUGCUCACUGGGGCCAGGCCCCAGAGGUACCAGCCUUCUGCCUUACCCAGCCGACCUAGAUAUUUAUUUCCUGCCUUGAGAAUAGCAAAGCCAUGCUGGUGCCUGUGCCCCAAGCAGGCCUCCUCAGCUCUGAGGGAAGGGAGUCAGGAAACAGCACAGAGACCGAUGCAGAGACAGUUGGUUUCCUUGCUGAUCAGGUAAUGAAUUCCCGAGGACUCGUGAAAUAAACGCUAGACGCCGAGGACAGUGCCGGUGCAACUCCGCUGUCGGCUGCUUUCUUCCCGUGAAGGAAUGGUGGGCGUGCCCCGCAGGAGAGGACGUGGGAUGGUGUGCCUGCAGCCCAUUCACGUGUCCCCAGAAAAGGCUGGUAGUGCUGCCCGAUUCCCUGCUGAGAGCCCCUCAGAGCCCCUGCCCUAAAGAACUUUUCAGCUCCCUCAGCUGUUCCAACGGAAUUCACACCUACCUAGUGCUGUUCAGAGGAAGGACCAGACUUCAAAGCUCCAUGCCACCAGCCCGGGCCCAGGUUCAACUUCCUGCGCUGGCAGACCGCCUGCCGUGAGGCGCUCAGAGCCCCAUGUUCU